CAUCUAACCGUCCUCUUUUCCCCCCGCCCCCUGUCUCCCCUUAACCCGCGCCGGUAGCUCCGUGGCCGACUAGGGUCCGGCGGUCGGCGGAGCGGGCGCGCGCGCCGGGGGUCGCGCGGCGGCUGAGAAGGGCGAGCACGCGCGGAGGGAGUGGAGGUGUAGCGGGGUGGGAGUACGGCUUGCUAGCUCGCAAGAUGGCGGACGAGGACGGGGAAGGGAUUCACCCCGCAGCCCCUCACAGGAACGGAGGUGGCGGCGGCGGUGGGGGGUCUGGGCUCCACUGCGCCGGGAACGGCGGCGGGGGAGGCGGCGGCCCGCGGGUCGUGCGCAUCGUCAAGUCCGAGUCCGGCUACGGCUUCAACGUGCGGGGCCAAGUGAGCGAGGGCGGGCAACUGCGGAGCAUCAACGGAGAGCUGUACGCGCCGCUGCAGCAUGUGAGCGCCGUGCUGCCCGGGGGGGCAGCCGACCGGGCCGGGGUGCGCAAGGGGGACCGCAUUCUGGAGGUGAACGGCGUGAAUGUUGAGGGGGCGACACACAAGCAGGUGGUGGACCUGAUCCGAGCAGGCGAGAAGGAAUUGAUCUUGACAGUGUUAUCGGUACCUCCUCAUGAGGCAGAUAAUCUAGAUCCCAGUGACGACUCGUUGGGACAAUCAUUUUAUGAUUACACAGAAAAGCAAGCAGUGCCCAUAUCGGUCCCCACAUACAAACAUGUGGAGCAGAAUGGUGAGAAAUUUGUGGUCUACAAUGUUUACAUGGCAGGGAGGCAGCUGUGUUCUAAGCGGUACCGGGAGUUUGCCAUCUUACACCAGAACCUGAAGAGAGAGUUUGCCAACUUUACAUUUCCCCGACUUCCAGGGAAGUGGCCAUUCUCUUUAUCAGAACAGCAAUUAGAUGCCCGACGUCGGGGGUUGGAAGAAUAUCUAGAAAAAGUGUGCUCAAUACGAGUCAUUGGCGAAAGUGACAUCAUGCAGGAAUUUCUAUCAGAAUCAGAUGAGAAUUACAAUGGUGUGUCCGAUGUAGAGCUGAGAGUAGCAUUACCAGAUGGAACGACAGUUACAGUCAGGGUUAAAAAGAAUAGUACUACAGACCAAGUAUAUCAGGCAAUUGCAGCAAAGGUUGGCAUGGACAGUACAACAGUGAAUUACUUUGCCUUAUUUGAAGUGAUCAAUCAUUCCUUUGUGCGUAAGCUGGCACCUAAUGAAUUUCCCCAUAAACUCUACGUCCAGAAUUAUACAUCAGCUGUGCCGGGUACCUGCUUGACCAUUCGAAAGUGGCUUUUUACGACAGAAGAAGAAAUCCUCUUAAAUGACAAUGACCUUGCUGUUACGUACUUCUUUCAUCAGGCUGUUGAUGAUGUCAAAAAAGGUUACAUCAAAGCAGAGGAAAAAUCCUACCAAUUACAGAAGCUGUAUGAACAAAGGAAAAUGGUCAUGUACCUCAACAUGCUAAGGACUUGUGAGGGCUACAAUGAAAUUAUCUUCCCCCACUGUGCCUGCGACUCCAGGAGGAAGGGGCAUGUUAUCACAGCCAUCAGCAUCACGCACUUUAAAUUGCAUGCCUGCACUGAAGAAGGACAGCUGGAGAACCAGGUAAUAGCAUUUGAAUGGGAUGAGAUGCAGCGAUGGGAUACAGAUGAAGAAGGAAUGGCCUUCUGUUUUGAAUAUGCACGAGGAGAGAAGAAGCCUCGAUGGGUUAAAAUCUUCACACCAUAUUUUAAUUACAUGCAUGAAUGCUUCGAGAGGGUGUUCUGCGAGCUCAAGUGGAGAAAAGAGAACAUUUUCCAGAUGGCGAGGUCACAGCAGAGGGAUGUGGCCACCUAGCCUCUCGUUACCCUGUUCCCUUCUCUUCACCCUCAUCCUCUUACCCUUUUCGUCUCCCAUGUCAGACAGAGUAACCAUUAACACAGAAGAAGAGAAAAAGGAAAAAAGUCAUUAUACUCAAAAGCCCUAAACUAAAUGUCAUUAAUAAUUCCUCUGAGUUUUGUAUCUCUGUAAUUGAGCUGGUAGAGAACAAUAGAUGGGUCAGCACCAGGAGUCAGCUGAGUUAAGACAGGAAAAGAAAGAAAUAAGCCCAACCAAUUCGCCAAAGGGAUCUUUGUCCUUUCCUCUGGGCCUCAUACCAACAGACUCUCCUUGUACUAUAUUUUUAGAACUGGAACUAUGAACUCCAUCCAUUUGCACUGUUCAGACAUAUAUAUGUAUGUAUGUAAAAAUUAUAUAUACGCAAAUUAGCUGCACGUAUAUACAUAUAUAUAUUUCUUUUUAAAUUUCAUAUUGAUGGCAGUACCUUUUUUAGCUUGUGUUUUUACACACCUUUCACUAGAACUCAUGACUUCUCUCUUGCUCUCUUUAUUUUGAAACAAACUUUAAAAAGGAAAAAAAAAAUUUUACAGGGAAAAUACCUCUCCUCAUGAAGGACUCGAAAAGUUUACAACCUGCUUGGGUUUUCCCCCCUUUUUUGUAUUGAAUGAAGAUUUUGGAUCAUGGGUUGCCAUUGAGUCUGAGGAGCAAGGCGCAUAAUUUCUUUAUCUUCCAAAGGCUGCUGGGGAGGAGAAAGAAGUGUGUUUCUCAAGGGCAGUGGGGCUGCAGAUCUGCAGGGAGAGUCUGAAGACUUGGUGUGGUCUCUUGAUCCCAAGACAGCGUUCCUGGUCCAUUUCUCUCUCUUCCACUCACGGCUUUUAGCCACAUUCCACCUCUUCCCGCUUCCCAAGGGCCCCCUUACGCUUUCCCUCAGCAGGCCUAGAAUGAAGGGUGGGGGGCUCAGGAGGUUGAUGCCACAGACCCCUGAAACGCUUGGUGGUCAUGACUGCCCAUUUCUCUGCUGUUCGUAAAGCAGGGAUUGUCCUCGGGACCAGAGUCAAAGCUGAUACCUUUAGGCACAAAGAUUGGACUUAGGUAGGGGAGGAAAGAAGAAAGGCAGUAUGUACGUAAGCUUCUUCCUACUGUGUUCCCGACCAGUAACACCGUAACUAUUAGGUUCUCUGUGACUUCCUUAAACAACCGUGUUGGGGAAGGACCUGACCAUAUCCCCCAAGGCCUUGGGGACACUUGGAAUGGUCAUUGAUCUGAGCCAAGCAAAACCAUAACCCAUCUAAGCCAGCUGAGGACCCAGGAAGGGACAGUAGGAAUAUGGUUGAUUUGGGUUGGAUCUCAACUUUUAAUUAAAAGGAUACUGAAGGAAAAUAUUUUUGCCCCGUAAAAGAGCGCUUCAUCUGACCUUGCAGUUAGACCUUUUGAGACCUAAGAACUGCAUCCCUGGGUCUGGGGCCAGGGCUGACUGGGGGUUGAGAAUGUCGCUCUCUCAAAGGCUGCCCUCCUGAUGUGAGAGCAGCAGGAGCGACAUUCUCAACCCCCAGGCUCCAAAGAGCUCUUAGUCAGGCUCUGAUGCAUCUGAAACACAUCUUUGAGCCUCUUUUACUUUUUUCCUUCUCUACCUUCUGAACAAAAGCCUUCACAGAGUGGCAUCUUUUGCUUUGUCUAACUGGGAGGCAACCAUAGUUGGUUGUAGUCACUGAGCAGUGUUGGGGUGGUUUGAAGUUUCUUUUUCUGUAACUUGUUUCUGCAGAUGGUCCUGAGGCACUUUACUAUCUCUCUCACUCUGUUACCCUGGCAGGCACUUGCCCCGGGGGGUGUGGUAUCAUGUAGGACAUCCUGUCUUUCCUCGCCUUCUCCAAACCAGGCGGGAUCACAGAGAACAACCUGUAAGGAAGCUGUGUUUAAAGUCGCAGAGAGUGAGCCCUGCUUUGGAGGCUUUGGGACAGAAUUAACUUCUUCUGGCAUAAAUGAAUUUAAUAAUGAGCCAGAGGACCAUGGGAAGAAGGUAUGUUGAUUGCCCACUCCAAGGAGCUGAAGAGGUUUUUGGCCCCAGCUCUGUUCACACUUUAAAAAUAGUAGUUUUGCUCCUAUUCUGUCAGAGUGGGAGAGGAAUGAACAAAUCCUGGAGUCCAUGGGAAGCCCAAAGGCUGCCCUCCAGAUGUGAGAGCAGCGGGGGUGCUCUUAGCGUGUGUAGACGCUGCUCCCUCCCUCCUGCCCUGACCUGGCACUCACGUGGCACUUGGAGAUUGGGUGGGGCCUAUUGGAUGGUUAGCCUGUUGGGAGAAUAUGUUGAGGGCCAGCCCCUACUUGAGGCUGUUCCAUUAACAAAGCCCCAGCUUGGGGAGACGGGGAAGGAGGGAAGGCCCAGAGGAAGGCUUUCUCUCCACUCACAGCAGGUGUCCUGCGAUGGAGGCAGAGGUCGCUGGGGCUGUGCAGCUCCUAGGGUCAAGCUCUUCUUUGCAUGAAGCAGUGUUCGUGUGAUACCCUUUCCCUCUUACUCUGCACUUCCUUUCUCGAAUCCCCGCUAUCUUUCUCAGUCCUGGGUUCUGCUCAAGGAGGCUUCUCCUCAGUCUUUUUUUUGCAGUUUGUCUUCGGGAAAUGGAGAGGUCCCCCUGCUCCCUGCUCUGCCCACAGCAAAGCCAGCAGGCUCGCCCUGGUCUCUCCUUUCACCCCCACAGAGAGUUCCUGUCCUCUUUGAUCAAAGCUCAGAGUUUCUAUGGGUCAGGAGAAAAUGCAGGCCCUGAGAAACCGAUCUCUGCAGAAAGUUUCCCUUGGCCCAUGCUUUGGGUUUUCUGCUCUUUAUGGUUUAAUUUUACUCUCCAUUCGUCUCCCCUCCCCUUGCUCUAGGUCUGAGCUCAGCACAAGUGCGUGCUCAGGGCAGCGCCCGGGCCUGGACAGCUCUCGGGGGGGAAUUGGGUAAAUGUGCAGCAUCCCCACACCUGGCCCAUCUGGUUUCAUCCUUUGCCCAGGCCAGUAGCUUUGGGUCACUCCUUCUUGUACCUCCAAAUCCAGUGCUUGGAGCAGCAGUAUAGGGCUCUGAUGGGAGGUGACACCUCUGUCUCUCAUUUCAGAAUUUGCCAACUCGGGGACCUGGCUCUGGAAGGCAGUUUUCUUAAAGGGGAUGGCUUCCUGGGUGACCCAAAGUCUCCAAACCUAGAGGGACAACUGUGCCCUCCCUUCUCUCCUUGGUGUUCUCUGGAUUGAUUGAGCAGUAGAAACCAUUUGGUCUGUUGGGCCCCAGCAUACCCGCUAGGUUCCUUCCAGAUCCACUGUGUCACAUUAGCUUCCCUUUGGGAGGGUGAUGUUGUUGAAUACUCAGAGAGGAGAGGUGGUGGGUGUGCAUCUUCAGUCCCCCACCUUCCGGUUUCGCCUCCUGCCUUCGUCUUCCCCUAAACCUGAGCACAUCAUACCAAGCCUCACUCAUUUACACAGUGGCGUCAGCUCACUCCUCAACAGUAAUCUAGGAUGUGUGGGAAGCUUAGGGUUCUGGGGAGGAACAGAAUUGAAGAGGGGAGUGAUGUGGGUGGAGGCACUGGCCAACUGCUAAACUUGGACACCAGUUUUAUAUCACGCCCCCUUUGUAAGCCAGUGAGCUGGGCUUCAGUUUUCCCCAAACCAUGCACACUUUUAAUUUAUUUGAGAGAAACUCUAAUUGUAUUUUCACUGCAGUAUCUUGUAUUUUUUAUUUGUGAUUUAGGAAAUGUGAAGAGAAAAUACACAGACACAUAAUGGCUAACAGUGUUUCUUUCAUUCCUUGUUCUAGAGCUAACCACUCUAAAAUUGUUUGGUAAUGUCACUUAGUGUAAUUAAUUGUAACAUAUUCUUUUAAAUAAAUUGAUUUAUUGAUGAAACUA